AAGAUGGGGAAGUACAUGCGCAAGCGCAGGGGGGCCGCGGGCGAGGGGGUGGCCGCAGUCGAGGUCUCGCAGGUCGUCGGCGUCCGGACGAGGUCCAGGUCCGCGGCGGCGACCGGCGGCGGUGUCGCGAAGGUCGCUCCGCCGAGGAGGAAGAAGGCGCUGCUGCCCGCCGCGAACGUGACGACGUCGGGGGAGCCUGGUGCCGUGGGCGCUGGUGGUGGGGACGGCGGAAGCUGCUGCUACAUCCACCUGCGGAGCCGCAUGCUGUUCAUGGCAGCACCUCAGCAGCAACCGUCGGCGGCUCUGACGCCGGUGGAGGCUGCUGGUGCGGCACAGCAGGGCGGGGUGGUGGCGCUCGCGGCUGGCCUCUCGCGUUGCUCCAGCACGGCGUCGUCGGUGGACGUCGGGGGCCACGCCUGCCGCUCCGACGCUGCGCCUGCGGAGGUUGACGGGGAUCACGUCCCGGAUGUCGUCACCGCGAGCAACUCGGGGAGCGUCCCGGACCGCGAGAGGAGAGAGACGACGCCAUCGUCGAGCCGGGCGCACGGCGGCGAGCUCAGCGAUCUGGAGUCGGAUCUGGUGGGGCGGCAGAAGACUGGCUGCUCGUCGUCGCCGGCGACAACAACAUCGGCUGCGGAGCUGAUCGUGCCGCCAGCACAGGAGAUCCAGGAAUUCUUCGCGGCCGCCGAGGCGGCCCAUGCCAAACGCUUUGCUUCCAAGUACAACUUCGACUUCGUCCGCGGCGUGCCCCUCGACGCCGGCCGGUUCGAGUGGACGCCAGGGGUCAGCAUCUGAAGCGAGCGUGCGGUGCAAGGUGAAGCUACUACUAGCUAGAAAGUGAGGAGAAAAAAAGAAAAGAUGCCGCCAAAAAAACAUAACGGAAAGGAGAAAAGGCAAAGGAGCUUUAUAGGCUAGCUAAGCUAACCACCAUUCAACAUCUGCCUUGCUUUUUUCUCCGGAGUAGACUUGUAGAAUGACAGCGUAGUUAUUUACUGUUUAUCCAGAGGUUAUCUUGACCCCCCAA